AUGCUGAACGAAUACAAUAUUGUUAAACAGUUAUUUAUAAAGUAUAACUGUAUUUUAUCGUCAUCUGCCCCCGUGGAACGAUUAUUUUCUUUCGCUAAAAUAAUUAAUGCUCCUAGACGUCAUGUGUUAAGUGACACCCACUUUGAAAAGUUGAUACUGCUCAAAAGUAACAAACACGUACUCUAG